AUGUCGUUGUCGAACACUUCAAUAGCAGUGUUGAGACAACAAAUGGAUGAUAGUAACCAUGAAUUGGUUAACAUGUUAACCAACCAAAUGGGCACGGUUUUUAAUCUAGUUAUACAAGAAUCUGUUGAAACAAAUAGGCAAGUGGCGAAUCAAUUGACACGCUUGUGCAAUUUUCUGGGGGCACCGGCUCGACAGAUGGCACAAGUGGUUAGGAAAACUGUUCCUAUUCAGAUGGAGAUAGGGGCAACAGAAGAUGAGACAGUCCACGAAGGACAAAUCCUUAGACCCCUUCAAAAUCAAGGCGUUGAAUUAUCGCAGGACGUAACCAGAUGGAUUAUGGCUAGAAAUGGUAUGGGUGCCACAUUGCAAAGGCCAUUGUAUGCCUCCCCGUUAGCUGAGUUUAUUCUCCAAGCCGAGGCGCCCAGGGGAAUGAAAGUGCCUAAGUACAAUAAAUUUGGGGGAGAAUCUGGUGAAUCGACAAUAGAGCAUGUUGCCAGAUAUCUAACAGAGUUAGGAGAUCUAGCUCAUAAUGAAUGUUUGAGAGUAAAAAACUUUCCCUCCUCUCUGACUAAGGCCGCCUUCACAUGGUUUACUUCUUUGGCCCCAAGUUCAAUCGAUUCGUGGGCCAAAUUAGAAAAGAAGUUUCAUGAAUAG